UAAUAAAUUUCUAAUUUACAUAUAUGAACUACAAAGUCAUCGAUUAGGCAAAAAAAACUACAAAUUCGUCGAUACUCCUACAUUCACACACAUGGUGGUAUUUGAACCGUUAAAAGUCCCGAUAUGGAUAUUGGAUUAUAAAGUAGUUAAAAUGACGCUUUGCUUUUUAAGAAAUAAAUCAUAUAAAAAUGUUCAAACCUUGUUUGUUCAUGUGCAAUUUAAAUUUUUACAAGUUUUUAUGUUUAGGUACGGUGUGUAAAGAUAGGCAUGAAUCUUCAUACUUGUGUUUAGUUGGGGAAAGGAUUGGCCGUUCGCCAGUUUAUAUAUUAUAAACACGUUAUAAACCGCAUAAUCUAUCAACUUUAGCUCUUUAAAUAUUUCUAUCAUUUUUUACUUCGUUACAUUUACAUUUUCUCACUCUCACAAAUCGCACAGAGAGAGACGCAGAGAGUAAACUAAUAAGUUAAAAGCUAUGAGCAAACAAGGUUUGAAGAGACUUCAGUUUCAGAGAUUGGGAAAGCGAAUUGAAAGCUCAACGACGGCUUCAGCGAGGCUAGGAAAUUCAGAGGAAAGAACGAUCGUUGCGUUUGCGUGCUCAUGUUGUGGAAAACCUCCCCGCGGUCUCGUGGAACAGUUUGUUUGGAGGUUGAAAAAGCGUUUUCGGUGGUCGUGGAAGAGUGGUAGUAAUAAUAUUCAGAGUAGCUAUGAUCUCCGAAGCUAUCAUCUGAAUUUUGACAAGGGUUGGUCUCGUCAACGGUGAUUUUGAUCAAACCGAAAUUAUUAUUGUCUUUUGAGCCUUUUUAUUUUCAUUUUUUUGUAUAUAGUUAAAGUUCCAAUCUUAUAUAAAAUACCUUUUGAUAAAUUUCUUAUGAAAAAUAUCAAUGCUUCUAAGACUAAAUCUCUAGUUAUUAGAGAAAAUAAUCUCAUGCUUCCUUUAAGGGUUGCCAAAAUUUUGGAAUUAGAAAGAUAUAUGACCCAACCCUAUUGUUUUAGUAUGAAUAAUUGAAAUUCGUAUCAUAAUAUUUUAUUAAAAUUUUAAUUUUAUUUUUUUGUUAUAACUGUAUAGUUUACAUUUCAAUAUAAAUUUAUGAAUAGAAUGUACAACUUUAUUUUGUGAUAUACAUUUUUGUUUGUGAAAAAUAAUUUAAAAUAUAUACUACAAAGCUUUAUGGAGUAAGAGCAAACAAAUAUAUGACUUUAAAAAUUAUGAAAUUAUCUGCAAAAAUGGUAGAAGAAGUAAAUGAAGAAGAAGACCAUACAUGUUGACUAUAACAUUAUUUUGUUCAGAAAAACCAUAAAUGUUUGAAAAUAUGAUUAAUGUUAAGAAUAUUUAUCAUUAACGAUGUAGAAACAAACUUUUACGCAUAUAAAAAUGAAAGCAAACAUAUGUGCGGUUGCGCGCGUUAAAGUUAAGUAACAUUAAAUAUUUAACCCAAAUGUUAUACUAUUUUUUAUUGAAUGUAUUUUCGAAAAGUGGUAGUAGUAGGUAUUUCUAAAAAUUGUAGAAAUAAUGAGUGUAGUAAUUUACAAAUGAAAAGGUACUAGAGAGGUGUUAAUUUUAAUAUCCACUAUUAUAACUUUACAACUAGUGUCUAAAAACGUGUAAAAAAUCAUAAAACAUACAACUUCAAGAGAAAGAUGGUGUGCAAUUUUUUACACCAAAAUAUGGUAUAACUAACUGAACUUAAUUUUGUUAUUUCCUACCUGUUUUUUUUUAAGUUAAGAUUUUCUGAAAAUUGAAUAUGAAAAUAACUACUUUCGAAAUUACAAUUUUUAUCAGAUGAAAAUCUUGAAAUCAAAGUAGAAAUCAUCACUGUCAUGAAUUUCCAAAAGUUAUAAUACAACAACACACUAAUACAAAUCUACAAUAGCUCUUCUGUCAUCAUCACAAUUUUAAUGGGCCUGCUCCUAUCAACAUGAAACGCAUCGUUUUGAGUCGUUCAUGUACCGUUAUGUUGUUGGGGGAUUCAAGGAAGAAGGAUGCUCUCUGUAAUGAAAGAGCUUACGAUAUCAUCGAGUUCUUCAACUCGGGACUCUAAACGAUGAUACCCUAACUUGGGAUCUAACGCCGCCAGAAUUGAAUGGAAAGAUCGAAACUUGGAAUCAGACAAUGGCUUUAACAGGUAACUCGUUUGCUCAUAGCUUGGCAUCUUGAUGCUGUAUGUUUACUAAAGUUUUUGGCUUUUUGUGGUGAUAUGCCAGGUAUGUCCCAACAUACCGUGUGUUUUGGAAGUGAGUUUCAUGUUCUACGUUUGUUGUUGUUGGAGCAGAGUCCUGGUGUUGUGACCUUCCUACUAUAAUGGAUGAUUGGAUGGGUACUAAAAAAACGUUACUUCCUCUAAAUGCAAGUUGAAUCCAACCGUUGUUUCUUCAUCUGGCGAUCGAGAAAGUCCUCUUGAGACCUCACAACAGAGACUCGGUGGGUAAAACCGUUUCAGAACAGCUUGCGGUUUAAAGCGGUGAAAACUGUACAUAUCUCAAAAUGAGAGGAUGAUGCAGCACAAUUUAAAGUAUCAUUAUGUGAUGUAAAUAACCUCUGAUCAUGUUUUGAAUUUAGAUCUUUCUUACCUUCACAGCCAUAUAUAUACAGAAAAGAUAAGCUUUCCACAAGUAAUCUCCUGGGAGGUCUACCUUUAAGUUGAGAUCACUUAUUUUCUAAAUUAUGCAUAUGUAGAGACAGAGAGACAUGUUCUAUAAUGACAAACCAAAGCCAUAACCAUACAUAGACAGAGAGGAUUUUAGAUGGUCAAACCAAAGCCAGAGCUAUUAGAACCUAAGUUACGAUAUACACUAGAGCUUGUUUGCCUUGAUGAAUAGACAACAACA